AAAACCCAGAAGAACCGCGUGGCUAGGUCCUAGAGAAUCAGCAGCAUGCGAUACUAUGCGAGAGGAGGAGUUUUUUAAACCCACACACAGAACGGAUGACUGGCUGUGUGAGAAGCGGGCUUAUCUUCGGUCAGAACCCACUGCAAUCCUGUUCCCUACACCGCCAGUUUGCCAGAGGAGUCCACGACAGGGGAAUGACGCCUGACAGAGCCUCUGUACCCACAGCCGACCAGCUCCUUCUGUUGCUGACAAUCCCUGCUAUCGAAAGACUCUGGCUGAUCAGAUGGAGAUGAGCAGGCUCAGUUUGCCAGGAAACAUGCGUCGAGGAGGCUCGGAUACCAACCUGAACCUUACAGUGACCGACGGCUUGCUGGACUUCCAACGGGACCGGCAGACUGUGGAACAGCUGAAACAGAAGAUCCUGAAGCUCACCGAGCAGUUGCGGAUCGAGCAGGAGAUCCGGGACGAGAAUGUGGCUGAGUACCUCAAACUGGUGAACAACGCCGACAGGCAGCAGGCACGACGUAUCAAGCAGGUCUUUGAGAAGAAAAACCAGAAAUCUGCCCAGGCUAUUGCUGGGCUGCAGAAGAAGUUUGAUCAUUACCACCGCAAGCUCAGGGACGUGGAGCAGAAUGGCUCCCGCAAUUCUAAGGAGCGACUCCGGGACUCACAAAACAACAUGAGGGAGGUGGGAAAUGCCAGGCAAGGGGCUGCCGGGGGACCUGGCAUGGAAAGCAGGAAGAGCCUUCCAGGAGUCACCCUGACCCCCCCAUCUUCUGUCUUUAACAAGCCCCGCGAGAUCGCCAUCCUGAUCCGCAACAAGUUUGGCAGCGCAGACAACAUUGCCCACAUGAAGACCUCCAUGGAUGACUUCCAGCAGGACUCUGGGCCCAGGGCCUUCAGCGGGAGUGCCAUGCUGAUGUCCAAACCCAAGUACCUGAGCGACGAUGAGUGCUCCAGUGGCAGUGACUUUGCGGACAGCAAUGGCAACUCCGAUUUUGGGGUCACCGCCAGCCCAAAGUCCAACUCACUGGAGAGGGAGACAGGCAAAUUGGCCGCCAUCUUGGAUGAGCUCCGGGAAAUGAAGGAAACGCAGUCGCAGUUGUCACAGGACAUCGAGAAGUUAAAAAUUCAGUUCAGCAGCGACUUUAGCCUUAUGACCCAAACAUUACAGGAGGAACACUACAGGUCGGCCCGUCUGGAAGAUCAGUUAAAUGAUCUCACAGAACUCCAUCAGCACGAGACCAUCGAUCUAAAACAGGAGCUGGCCAGCAUUGAGGAAAAGGUGGCCUAUCAAUCCUACGAGCGAGCCCGUGACCUGCAGGAAGCCUUGGAAUCAUGCCAGACACGACUUGCCACCUUGGAGUUACAUCAACAGCAGCAGCAAGUGGUACAGGUUGAAAACGCCAAUGCCAAGGUUCUGCUGGGAAAAUGUAUCAACAUCUUUCUGGCCAUCAUGACAGUCAUCCUCGUCUGCAUCUCCACUGUUGCCAAGUUCAGUAUCCCCCUGAUGAGGAGCCGUUUACAUGUUGCUUGUACAAUUUCUGCCGUCAUAGUCGCUUUCAUUGUUUGGAAAAAAUGCGAUCAGUUUCAGAGUCUCACAGACCAUAUUUUAUGAAUUUAUGGUGAAAUGCAAAUACUUAUCAUGAAUUAUUUUGAUUAUCAAAAUAAAACUUUUAAACAAUGAAAUAUACAGGACAGAAAACAUUUCUACUAUUACCUCGAUAUUAGGGUAGAAACACAACCUCUCUCACACAGCACUUUACUCGAUGUGACCAUUGAUAAUUUGAGACAAGAUCAGCUUCAACAUCUGUUGCUAUCAAAGGUCCUCAUUAUGUGUUAGCCUUUGACUAUGUGCUGUGUGCAAAUUCUGGCAUCUGAACUGACACUAUGGAUUAAAGAGAGACUAGUCACGAUCUGGACAGCUCAGUGGUUUCUGUCCACUCGCUACUUUAUGGACCAGUCGAUGAAAUGACAUGUCGGAUGAUGAAUAUUGUGGUUUGCUUUAUUGGGAUGUUGACACUUGAUGUCUUCUUGAGCCGCUCUGCUGAGAGGAACUAGGUAAAGGUGAAUCUGCAGAAGAGGAGGCAAAGACUGGCCUAUGCCCAGCCACAAGUGUAAUUCAACAUUUCACUAACCUCACAUGUUUCUGUUGAUCAGGAUGUGGUCAACUGUUUGUCCUGCAAAGUGGAUAUUUGUGCUUUAGGACUGAGACAAAAUGUAUUGAAUCCAUAAUUAUGGUCUAACCUGCCUCACAAGGAGAAAGUAAAUGAAUGAAUUCAUUCUGUCAGGUGGGUGGUGGGUUGUCAGAUCUAAAUACACUUGUCUUAAAGAGGACUCUUAAAUACACUGUAGAAUAGUCAUUUUUAUAUACCUUAUAACAAGGCAUAUUUAUCAAUUUUCUUUUCACAGAUUAUCACUCAGGUUGUCUCAUUUCUUCUUAUGUAUUCACUGACAAAAUGCACUCAUCUGCAUCUAGAACUCUUGAUCAGGAUUGUUUACUUGUUUAAAUAUAAACAUCUGUAACAGCAGUAACAUUAGAUGGUAUUGGAACACAAAAGACUUUGACUUUGUACUAUUAAUGAAGACUCCUUUUUAAUUCGAAUUAGGGCAAUUAGGGAUGAGCAGUGAGUGCUGGACUAGUAUAAUGACACCCAUGUAUCAUGAAUGAAUAAAAAAAUAUGUAGCCCAGUCCCUAGGAGGGGGCCUGCAGCCAAGUUGAAUGAAGCUGUGUGGCUGUAUCUCUGAGCAUCCCAGUCACACCAAGUGCUUGACUGCACAAAACAAUUUGUUCAUCUUAAUGAAUAUAACGAAAUACAUUCAUGAAGUACUGUCUUGUGAGCUGAAGAAAUUAAAUCUAUUAUAAGUUCACAGACUAAGGAUUCAAAAUUAAGAGCUUUUUUAAAAUAAUAUAUCUGAAGGCACUCUUUGUUUCGAAGCGAAUUUGAGGGCCACAGAAGAUGUGUUCAUAAUACAGUAAUUUAAUUAAUUAUUAAUGCAGACAUGUCAGUAGAAUCCCCACAAUGUGGAAGCAGGCCAUUCAGCCCAUCAACUUAACACUGCCCCUCCAAAGAACAUUCCACCCAGAUCCACGACUGUAAUCCCCAUGGCCAUUCCACUCGACCUGCACAUCUUUAAAUUGUGGAGGAAACCAGAGCAAACCCUCACACUCACAGGGAGAACAUGCAGAUUCCACAGAGUCACCCGCGUGUGUAAUCAAACCCAGCCCUGGUGCAGUGAGGCAGCAGUGCUAACCAGUGAGCCACCGUUCCACCCAAAAGAUUGGUUCCUAGUCAGCCAUACGAUGGAAAGAACUGGAGGUUCUAAUCAUUGUAAUUUUUGGUAUAAACCACCUUAGAAAUACAGAAAAAUAAUAAAAGUAAUGGAUUUUGUAGUUUCUCCACUGAGUUUGAUUUUAAUUCUAAAAAGCAACACUGCUUUCCAUUUGUUACUCUGGCAGAGGAGGCUGUACGGCAGUGAUGUGACCAGAUUAGUGACCCAGAUACCCAAAUAAAUGCCCUUUGGUUCAAACCCCACUACAGCAAUUUGUGGAACUUAAAUUCAAUUAAUAAAAUCUGGAAUUGAAAACUAGUCUCAGUAAUAGUGACCGUGAAACUAUCAUUGAUUGAUGUAAAAGCCUAUCUGGUUCACUUGUACCCUUUAGGGAAGGAAAUCUGCCAUGUUAAACUGAGUCUUUCCCACCAGAUUCACAGCAAGGUCCUCACUGCCCUCUGAAAAGGUUGAGUUAAUCAGUGAACUCAAGGGGCAUUUAUGGAUGAACUUGCUGGCGAUGCUUACAUUCCAUAAAAACGAGAAAAGAAACACUUUGACCUGCAUUAACUUUCUAUUUUUGGUUUAGAUUCUGAUGAGUUUGUAUGAAAUGCAAAUAUUGACUAAUUUGGAGUACUAUAGCACUAAGUGUUGUGAAAGUGUGACACACCCAAAUUUGCUCAAUAAUGAAAGUAAGAGCAUCCUUUGGGUAAUGUCAGGGACUCCAGAAUGUAAUGUGUACUUUUUUCACUAGUUAUUGUGAUGCAAACAAUUGUGCACCAGAACUAUCUCAUUUUUGGAUUUGGUGAAAUUGUAUUUUAGGUUAUUUGUAGGGCACUGCUGAAACAAACCAAUGUAAAACUCACUGUACAGUGUGAUUUUUAACUUGAAA